AGCAAUGAAUAGAGUGAGAUGCAAAUUCAUUUUCCAGGUCCCUUUCAAUGCAGUCGCGCUCCGGAUUACCCACUCUGAUGUCGCCCCUACCCAUAUACUAUAUGCUGUGAACGCCAGCUGGGUUGGUCUUUGCAAGAUCCAGGAUGACGUCAGAGGAUACACAAAUGGGCCCAUCCUGCUUGCCCAGACUCCAAUCUGUGACUGCUUGGGCUUUGGCAUCUGUAGGGGCAUUGACAUGGAGAAGCGGCUGUACCAUAUCCUCACCCCUGUGCCCCCGGAAGACCUCAGGACCGUGAAUUGUCUGCUCGUUGGAGCUAUUGCCAUUCCGCAUUGUGUCCUUAAGUGCCAGCGUGGGAUCGAAGGGACCGUACCUUACGUCACAACGGAUUACAAUUUUAAAAUUCCUGGAGCAUCAGAGAAAAUUGGAGCAAGAGAACCUGAGGAGGCACAUAAAGAGAAACUAUACCGAAGACCUAAGUUCUGUCGAAAAAUGAAGUGAUGCUCGCGUUUUUAACAAGGGAAGAAACUUUCCUACCUGAAAACUUUGUCUCAAGCCUGACCACGAGAGACAUGAUGGAGUUUCAUGGCCAUGAAUGGUGCCCUUAUUAGCAACACUGUUUCCUGUGUAAUUCGUGAAUGCCGUAUAGUAGUCUUAAGUUUCUCUUUUAAAGCUGCAUGAGCUAGAAUUUGCUCUAGUCUUCUGUGUGGUACUCAUACUUGCUGUCUGGUGUGCUUUCCAGAGGGAGUAAAACGGCAGAGAACAGUUUGUGUGCCAUUAAAACAGAGAUUCCUCAGAAA